AUGGCGCAAUCAGCAGCAUCUUCGUUCGACGACUUUCAAAAACUGCACAACACACUGAUAGAUCCCCAUGGCCCAAAUCUAGCGGUGCUGGCGGAAGAGCUGGAAUCACGCACUGCAGAACUGAAGAAGUUGCUCGAGGUUCCACCCAAGAAUGAUGCCAGUCGAACGAAGAUCAAGUCCGAUCAACGAGCAGUUAUCCAGGAGGCGACACAGCUGUCAGAUGACUUCAACAUGGAUGAGGUAGAGGCAGCACGGCUGUUAUUUAGGGGAUCUGAGGAGAAGCAAAAGCUAGAUCGGUCGGCCUUCCAAAGCGCCGUCUUUCUCUACCAUACUCGUCGACAAAACCUUCUAGAAUGCUUACGACUAAUACUCUCCUACGCGUUCAACGAUAAUACAGAUCCUGAACUACGAGAGUUGGCCAAGGACACGGUUGAUGUGCUAUCUCCACUCAAGACUUGUGGGCAAACGUUUGCCGAGAGGUGUAUUUCAGCGAUGGGGUCGGUGCGGCAAUCUGUGGAGCAGUUGAGGGCGAAGGAGAAACAUGAUCAUACGCUUGGGCUAGAGAGUACCCCAAGUAAUAAAGAGGAGUUAGAGAUGCACGUCCGGUUCCUAAUGAAUCAGCAUGAAGCCCUUGCAUCUAGUGUUUACUACUUGGUCAAACUGAAGCGGGCCACAGUCUCAGAUUUCAAGGCUCUACUCAACACCGUCAAGACCUUUGAGAAACAUGACACAUUCACCCUUCAUCACAUGCUUCCAUUGUACGCCUUCAUCACUAUGCUCUGCGAGACUGAUUCACCUCUGAGCUUUGAGGAGACUAUCCAACUUCAUAAAGAGAUGUUGAGUAACUAUAAAUCAUCACCAUGGCCGCUAAAAUAUAUUCACGCAUCCGUCAAUAUAUUGUGGAUAAGCGAAUUUAAUGGACUCUGCAAUGAUCCUCCAACCAUCGAUGCGCCAAGUCUUCAAAAACUAGACUACAUGACCGAUAUAUUUGAGCCAUCAAAAGAGGCGUUGGAGCAGGGUGCAUUUGAAUUCUUACUUGCGGUGUGCGCGGACGUUAGUGCCGGGUGGGCCCUCAACGCAGCAAAAGAGGAUUUGCACCGAUUUUUACAGACUCGAAUAGAAAUUUUUGUGGACAGUUUCAUCUCAAACAUGGCAGAUGUAUUGAAAGAUAUCAAGACGCGGGAGGAAGAGGACGUAUUGUUAGGGCGGAAGACUUUGGGGUAUGAGCUAGAGAGAUUUUUCCUUAUCAUUCAUUAUGCAUAUUUGGGGCGACGAGACGCCGGAAUGGUAUUUUGGAGUGAUCCAGAAAGCAAUUUGCACGGGUUUAUCUCUUGGGCAUCGAUGAGGCAAACACCGUUUAUGGCGGCUACCUUCAGCUUUAUGCUAGCUUCAUUAUCGUUAGGCAAAGUUGCCGCCGAACACACCCACAGAUUUCUUCUUGACGAGGCCAACCCCGGUAGCACGAAAAGGAGGACAACCUAUCUGUCGUGGGAUUACAUCUUCAAACAAUUUCAACUGUAUAUUGGCCAGUUAGAAAAGAGAUCACAGCAGUUAGUCCCAGCGAAUGCCUUCAGGCCUCCCCUCCCGCCGCCAAUUGAAACUACGGAGCCUGCACCUGAAUUGAGUAUGAUGCUGGACGGAUUCAUGCGGCUAAUCUCUCAAAUUGUACAAGAAUGUCCGGAUGCCAGAAAUUGGCUACUUCAUGAGAGCCCCUUCAGAAUUGUCCCUGCUCUGUUGAGCUUCUCGGGUUACAAGCGUCAAUCCAACUCAAUUGACGAUUGGGCUCUUGGAGCUGCUCCCCCAACUACCGCUCUACAACUCGGCGUCAUCCCUGGAAAAGCCUUCGCCCAAGCUGGGUCUGAGAAACUUGACGCAGUAGUUACUUCGGUCCAUCCUGCGGAGGCCUUUGUGCGUCUGCUUGCCACUUUGGUUUCGCCGGCAUUUCAUGACCAGCUUAAAGACGCUCUACCAUUUCCCGAAAACCUUGGUAGCAUGAAUCGGUUAUCCGGGAUCGACCCAUACGUCGAUUUUAUUUUGGGAACGAUUUUCUCAAGUACCACGGUGCAGAAUCUUCCUCCCGACCUUGUACUUCCGGUAGACAAGCAAGAUAUCCCAAGCGAAAGGUUGACCCGCUCACAGUACCGGAGUUUUCGUCCAGCGCUCCAAUCUAGCUGCUUGACUUUUAUUCAUACUUGUCUUGCAACAUUUAACGAAGAUCUUCUCAUUAUCGCGAGCUCCAACAUUUCUCUUGAUUCUGCGAUGAAAUCAUCUUCCCUUGAGACCUAUGCAAAGCUGCAUCCAUUUGCCAGGGUCAUGGAACAUAUCCUUACUGAGAAGUGCUUUAACGUUUUCUACGAAAUCUUGAAGCUCGGCGUUGAGGAUCUACAAGCCACGGACGUACCAUUUCCUCUCGUUGAAUUAGUCAUCAACAUUUUGGAUCUUGCGUUGCAAAUGCAGACAACAUUUUUUGAGUUUGUUCGUCCUUUAGUCAAGCGUGACGACGGCAUGCGAAAGGUGAACGUAACUUCUAACGGAUACGGGUCCAUUGAAGAAGCGGUCCUACACCAUUUGGAUAUCGCAGUGUUUUUAGGACUGUUUGUGGGGAGUGCCAACCAGGAUAUCACCAUGGCUGCUUUGAGCCUCCUUGAAAGGCUUUCCACACGGCCAAAAUUGGUAUCAACGGCAGGGCCAUCACAUACGUUUGGGCGGAAAAUAGGCAGGAAUCGUCUCCUAGGGAUUAUCGAGUCAAGUCCGGAGUCUCGUCGGAUUUUGUUCAAUUUAUUCACCAAUGGAUGCGGAUGUUGA